AGUCAGUCAAUGACUCAUGCCUUCUAUAGCAGAUUACGAAUCCAGUGAUGCACUUUAGAGUGGUACUGGAUUUCAGGAGCUCAUCUCUUCACCAUAUGCUUUCCUUCUAAAAAGAUUAAGAAUCGAAGUGUUGAAUGUCUCUGACAAGAAGGAAUAAAAAAGUUUCGCUAACGACAUCUGUUGAUUUUUAAACAUGUCAUAUUUAAUGAGCCUGGCUCGUCAGUAAUGGCGGCCAGCACCAAGAUAAAAAGGAGGAACAGGGGCCAGGAGCCACUUUUAUAAAAAAAGUUCAGUGUAAAAAUGACUUAAGUCAGAGUUAAGUAUAAAAUUGACUUAAGUUUGACCUAAAUCAAAAAUGAUACAAAAAUCGCGUUUCAUAGAAAAACUUAAGUGUGAUUGAGCGAAAAUUGAUGUGGGGCAAAAUUGUCCAGGAGGACAUAGUGAACAAUAUCUGUUCAUCAAUCAACAACGGACAAGAAGCAUUAUCGCUGUACAUCGAACACAGAUUGAUCACAAAGACAGUUGGAUUGGAGGAACCGUUGAAGGCCAUGCUCCAUCUCAGUAAGUCGCAUUUUUCUGUCUUUGUGACAGACUUGUUACUUUUAUCUGUUUUAGAAUUAUCCGAUGCCACUUCUUAUGUGCCCGGUGAUUCGUCAUCUGUGAAGAAACAACGCACCGCUGCCAAUAGUUCCAAAGAUCUCAGUAGAAAUCUCCAGCACAUUGACGACGAAAUUCGCCGUAUUAUUGUUAUUGCUGAACAACGACAUCUUCUACUAUCAUCAUUUUUCGCUCACGAGUUCUCCCAAGCUCCCCUUGCCCUAUGCGACAUCCAUAACAGCCAACUUCUGAAUCAACAGAAAAAAUCGGCAGCAAUCGAAUUCCUCAAAAAACAGUUCCCGUCUUCGUUCUCGUCUUCAUGUCCCCGUCUUACUGGCAAAUGUGCCUUAAUUAUUGAUGAAGGCAGUUUACUCGAGAUUAGACCUUUCUCGAGGAACACAACCGUUCGUCAACAUGCUGAACAACUGUUAAACACAGUAAUCAAGCAUGAUUUCAACCAAUUUGAUAGAAUCGACGUUGUUUUUGAUUCUGGCGAAAGUUACACAGUUAAAGCAUUCAUCAAACGUAAUGACAAUGACACAGAGACACCAGGAUACGAUUUGAAACUCGAUGAUAUUCUCGAUACGUCGCAAUAUUUGUUCACAAAAAUCGACCCAUAUUAG